UCCACUUUCUCCACUCUCACCCAGACCUAGACCUAGCCCUAGACCUAGGGUUGGCCACCAUGGAAGCACCGCCGCCGCCGCGGCGGCCGCCGGCGAUCCCGGACGAGCUCUUCGAAGAGAUCCUCCUCCGCCUCCCACCCGACGACCCCGCCUGCCUCCACCGCGCCUCCCGCGUCUGCAAGGCCUGGAGCCACACCGUGUCCAGCCUCAGAUUCCGACGCCGCCUCCACGAGCUCCACGGCACACCCCCCGUGCUCGGCUUCCUCCACAACUGGGAGGACGAUUUCAUCCCCCGAUUCAUCUCCACCACCGCAUCGUCCUUCUACCUCGCCGCCCCGGACUGCCUCACCUGGCGGGCCAUCGACUGCCGGCACGGCCCCGCCCUCUUCUUCCCCGAGGAAUUUGGUGAUCAGGAACAGGAAAUCCUCCUGUGGGAGCCAAUCACGGGCGCCCAGCAGCGCAUACCGGCGCCCCCGGCGUUGUGCGACAAUUUCUCGACGGCUGCCGUGUUGUGCGCAGCGGACGGGUGCGCCCACCGCGACUGCUUCGGUGGUCCUUUCCGCGUGGUCUUCCUCUUCGACGUCCUGAUAGACGAGGACGAGGAGACCCACCUCAUAUCGGCCAGCAUAUACUCGUCCCAGACUGGCGCCUGGGGGGAGCUGACCUCGGUUCACAGCAACAUCGACUUCUCCUCGGAAUUCACAGAAAGCUACAGCGUGCUCGUUGACAGAUCGGUGCUCUACUUCAUGUCUGACGGCAACGCCAACAGUGCGUUCGUCGUGGAGUAUGACUUGGCAAGCCAUGACCUGACUCUGUUCGGCCUACCGGACACAUACUACGGCCAUGCAUAUAGCCUCGUGCUGGUGGAAGAUGGUGGAAUCGGAGUAAUCCAAUGCUUGGAUAAGCAUCUCAAAUUGUGGAGAAGAGAGGCCAGUGCUGAAGCAGGAUGGGUGCUGAACCGGGUCAUGUGCUUGGAAAAUUUCAUUCCAAUGAAUGCUUUCUUCCAUAGAGUGCAAGUGCUGGGCUUUGCUGAGGAAGCAAAUGUCAUUUUUUUAACACGGUUGCCGGCCUGUUCACAAUAGAGCUACGAUCAGGGCAUGUGAGGAAGGUGUGCAGUGAUCGAGGCUUCUGUAGUUUGAUCCCAGUUGUCAGCUUCUACACUCCUCUACCUCGAGGCAAGCACCCGAAUCUGCCGGCGUCGAGACCUAGUGGGGAGGCAAGUGGUGAGGAGGGGGGAGAGGAGGAAAAAACAGUGGAUCAGGCACAGCAAUUGUUGAACAAGGGGUCCGAUGCUACCAAGGAAGUUGACUUUAUCAACACCUUCGAAUACGUCAACCAUGACCUCGAGAUCAGGGUUCCGUGUUAUGGAGAAGGUGCUCUGGAGGGAGCUCGCACGCUCAACAAAUCUGGAUGUGCCUUGCUACCCAAAGAUUCUUCAGCUGAUGUUCCCAAGAGUGCACCAAGUUUAUGCCUUUGUUUUCACCUAGGGCUCCCAGGAUUUUGUGAAUGUACAACCAGGAGAGAUGAUGCCGGGAACUCGAUGACCUCUGAAAGCAAUGUUGAGGAUGAUCCACCUUUGGAGGAAGAUUGCUGUCUGCAAGUCAACAUGUCCUCUUUCGCUUGUUCUUCAGAACAACAGCAAGAGGAAGAGGAGAGGAAACGUCAAUACGAAGAAAAGUGAAGAAGAAAGUGCAGGCUGGCCAUAAUGAACCUGAGGACAUUGACCCUGGUGUUGUUGCUAUGAUGGGUUUCCGAGGUUUCGGCAUGUCGAAGAAGUGAAUACUUCCAGGUGGUGUGUCUUUUCGUCGAAGAAGACAUGGUCGUCGGCUCGUUGCUAUAUGCUCCUGGUUCUCGUGAUUGUGCCAGCGAGACACAGCUGUCUGAUGCAAAGCUUAAUAUUGGAAUGAUGAAAUUCUGUAAUGAAUGGUGACCUUUGUGCUGUAAAUUGGUGAUCAUCUGAGUAACAUUUCAUCUUUGAGAAACAUGAUAACUAUGGGCUGCAUAUUUCCUCGGUCACAAGAAAAUACUCCAUUAUCUUAUAGAAGUGGAGCAAUUAGCAGUUGAAGUACUCUGUUAUUUCUCAAGACCCGCUUCUUCUACUGUCAUCACUUCUCUGUUUGAAAAAUGUUUGAA